CGCAUGCGCAGUUGCGGCUUGAUGUGUGCGGCUGUCGCGGAGCGUGUGUGGUUGGGUUUUCUCUUCUCUCGUGGUGCGGGCUUGUUUUACCAACAGACAGUACCUCUAAUACUUAACUUGGAUCAUCUCUUGUUCAUCAGCUUGAAAGUCAUAACAGCCCGCAAAACUGACAUUUGAUCUGAAAGAAAAAGCUGUGACAAAUGGACAAUAUGUCUAUUACUAACACACCAACAAGUAAUGAUGCUUGUCUGAGCAUUGUUCACAGCUUGAUGUGCCAUCGACAAGGUGGAGAGAGUGAAACUUUUGCGAAACGUGCAAUUGAAAGUUUAGUUAAAAAGCUGAAGGAGAAAAAAGAUGAACUGGAUUCUUUGAUUACAGCUAUAACCACAAAUGGAGCUCAUCCCAGCAAGUGUGUUACAAUACAGAGAACACUGGAUGGGAGGCUUCAGGUGGCUGGUCGCAAAGGAUUUCCUCAUGUGAUUUACGCUCGUCUGUGGAGGUGGCCUGAUCUUCAUAAAAAUGAACUCAAGCAUGUUAAAUAUUGUCAAUAUGCUUUUGACUUAAAAUGUGACAGUGUCUGUGUAAAUCCUUACCAUUAUGAGCGUGUAGUAUCACCUGGCAUUGAUCUCUCGGGACUGACACUACAGAGUUCUGCUCCAUCAAGCAUGCUGGUGAAAGAUGAAUACGUUAAUGACUACGAGGGGCAGCUGUCAUUGUCUUCUGCCGAAAGCCAUUCAGUCCAAACCAUCCAGCAUCCACCAAGUAACAGGGCAUCUACUGAGCCUUAUAGCACCCCAGCCAUGUUAGCUCCUGCUGAGGCUAGCACUACCAGCACCACUAAUUAUCCCAACAUUCCUGUGGCUUCAACAAGUCAACCUAUCAGUAUAUUGACAGGUAGCCAUAGUGAUGGACUCUUAGAGAUUGCUUCAGGGCCUCAGCCAGGAACUCCGCAGAAUGGGUUUACAGCUCAGCCAGCUACUUACCAUCACAAUAGUACUACAACUUGGACUGGGAGUCGGACGGCAGCCUACACACCUACCAUGCCUCACCACCAGAAUGGCCAUCUUCAGCAUCAUCCACCUAUGCAUCCUGGACAUUACUUAUUUAACCAGAUCACCUGUUUGCAGCCGCCUUUGUUAGUGGAGGGGAGAAUGCACUGGCCAGUUCACAAUGAACUUGCAUUCCAGCCUCCUAUAUCAAAUCAUCCUGCUCCAGAAUAUUGGUGUUCAAUCGCAUAUUUUGAAAUGGAUGUACAAGUUGGAGAAACAUUUAAGGUCCCUUCAAGCUGUCCAAUUGUUACUGUUGAUGGAUAUGUGGAUCCUUCUGGAGGAGAUCGUUUUUGCCUGGGCCAGCUUUCCAACGUGCAUAGAACAGAAGCUAUUGAGAGAGCAAGGUUGCACAUAGGUAAAGGUGUGCAGCUGGAGUGCAAAGGAGAAGGUGAUGUGUGGGUUAGAUGCCUCAGUGACCAUGCAGUCUUCGUUCAGAGUUACUACCUGGAUAGAGAAGCAGGGCGUGCACCAGGGGAUGCUGUUCACAAGAUUUACCCAAGUGCAUAUAUAAAGGUGUUUGACUUACGCCAGUGUCAUCGUCAGAUGCAACAGCAGGCUGCCACUGCCCAAGCUGCUGCUGCUGCUCAAGCUGCAGCAGUAGCAGGAAACAUUCCUGGACCAGGAUCAGUAGGUGGAAUAGCCCCAGCCAUUAGUUUGUCAGCUGCUGCUGGAAUUGGUGUAGAUGACCUUCGCCGCUUAUGCAUACUCAGGAUGAGUUUUGUAAAAGGUUGGGGACCUGAUUAUCCAAGACAGAGCAUCAAAGAGACGCCAUGCUGGAUUGAAAUUCACUUACACCGUGCCCUCCAGCUUCUAGAUGAAGUACUUCAUACCAUGCCUAUUGCAGACCCACAACCUUUAGACUAAGAUCCCUCUGCUGCACUGCUGUGGACCAUUGUGAGGAUUGUGGAUUGUAAAAUACAGUUCUGUUUAUAACCUGAAGAUAUAUUUUAUUUCUGUUCUGUUUAAUCUUCUAAAACCAGAUUUAAAAAAUGUGUUUGCUGCCUUGCUCUUAGCACAAAGAAACUGAACAUGCAAAAUUUCUAUUUCAGUUACUUUCAGAAUUUAAUUGUCAUAAUACAGGGCUUAAAGUGAAAGGCAAAUGCCUUAUAGAGACUUUACAGUAUAUGGUUUGUUCCCUUUGAAACUUUCCUUCUCAUCUUGGUGGUAAGCCUCACAAGAGCCUUUUGUAUGCAGAAUAUAUAUAAUAUAUAUAUUUAGAUCUGAAAGUUCAUUCUAAUAGUUACAGACACCUUAUAGCAACUUUACAAUUCCAACUGAUUUGUGAUGAUCUUUUUAGGGAACAAUAGUUAAUAAAAGACUUGUUUUGUUGACUGUCUUAUGAUUUUUCCAGAUUAAAAUGUAGAAGGAGUUGCCAAACAGUGAGGGAU